CGCAGUGCCUCCCCGGAAGGGGCCGGUCAUCUUCUACAACGAUAACAUACUUGCGACUUCGCCGUUUGGGGCUGUCGUGCCAGGCUUCCGGCUGUGUUAAGGGAAGGACGCGUUAAGCGGGAAAUCGCCGUUACCUCGAGUGUUGUUGUUGUGCCGGCUUCUUCGUGCUAUUGUGUAUUGUCAGACGUAGUGCAGAGAUGAGCGCGUCAGGCGGGGAAGAGAUUAUACGUAUCGCGAAGAAGAUGGAGCGGAUGGUUCAGAAGAAGAACACAGCUGGGGCUUUAGAUUUAUUAAAGGAACUUAAAAUCCUCCCCAUGACUCUGGAGCUUCUUCAGUCCACACGGAUCGGAAUGUCAGUGAACGCCAUCCGCAAACAAAGCUCAGAUGAUGACGUGACCUCUCUAGCCAAAUCGCUCAUUAAGUCCUGGAAAAAACUUCUAGAUGGUCCUUCAGGUGACAAAGAUCAAGAGGAAAAAAAGAAAGAGCAGCCGCCUCCUGCACAGAACAGCCCAGAGCCCAGGGAAGAAAGCAGUUCAAGCAGUAAUUCCAGCUUUCGGAAGGAAGAUUGUGCCGCAUCAUCUGAAAACUUAAUUACCUCUUAUCCACGAGCCCCUAGUACAUCCGACCCCGUUAGAAUUAAAUGCAGAGAACUACUGUCUGCAGCUCUGAAAACAGGAGAUGAUUACAUUACAAUUGGUGCAGAUGACGAGGAGCUUGGGGCUCAGAUUGAAGAAUCUGUGUUUCAAGAGUUUAAAAACACAGAUCCAAAGUACAAGAACAGAGUUCGGAGCAGAAUUGCCAACCUAAAGGAUGCAAAAAACCCCAACUUGAGGCGAAACGUUCUUUGUGGCAACAUUUCUCCAAAUGUGUUUGCCAAGAUGUCUGCAGAGGAAAUGGCCAGUGAUGAGCUUAAAGAAAUGAGGAAAAACCUGACCAAGGAGGCCAUCCGGGAGCACCAAAUGGCCAAGACUGGUGGUACAGAGACUGACCUGUUUUCCUGUGGAAAAUGUAAAAAGAAGAGUUGUACAUACACACAGGUCCAGACCCGUAGCGCUGAUGAACCUAUGACAACAUUUGUAUUCUGUAAUAAUUGUGGAAAUCGUUGGAAGUUUUGUUAAAGAAAAUUAAUCCGACAUUAAAGGAAGAGAGAGUUUUGUAACUGAGCGAAUCUCCGAAAUUGGAUUUUUUUUUAAGCUGGAUUCAACUUGCGGGAUCUAUGAAUUUUUAUGAACGGAACAAUUUGUGGAAUUAUUUCACCUUGCACAAAAAUGAAGACGCCCCAAUUUUAUGGUGCAAGUUUCAAACGGAAAAUGUAAUUUUUAUAACUGGUCAAUUUUAUCAGCGCAUCAUGGCAUCAUCCUUUCCGUCUGAACAUUUACGAUAUAUCCGUUUUACUUUAGCUAAUACCCUGACUGUAUUGUAUAUCAUUAGUCUUGCACCGUCAGACCCUAGAGCUGUUAAAAUUGAGUGUACAUAAUAUUGCCACAGGUUGUGGACAAGUCCAAAGGAUUCUCUUGUGUAAUGGCUUUUCCAAUGUUAGAAAUGUUCUUCUAAUCAUAAGAUGAAAAUGCUAAUUAAUUGUGACACCAAAGUAAGUUAUUUUGUUGAAACAUGAUUAGUUUGAGCUUCAUUCCCUCUAAACAUUGUGUCAUGCUGGAUUUCAUUUUAUAGAGCUUUUCAUUAAAACUCAGAUUUGUUUGUA